AUGAGGGCGGAGUCACUCCCUCAGCAGUGUAUUCACUCAAACAGACUAACUCCGUCCCUUUGCCAGGGCUGCCCCGGAGUCAAAAACUAGUGUGACAUCAAAGUGACGCAUGCGCAUUAGCGUCCACAAUGUCGCUGUGCGUAUGUAGACCUUUACAACGAUUCGUACAGCGACAAAACGGGUUGAUCUCCAAAGCAGUGUGCGUCCACAAGCUGUACAGUAGCGGCAGUGUGUACACAGACAGCUGCUAUGAUGGGUUCUAUCCCGGACAUAUCCAAACCACCCCCAUCCAGAAAGCCCUGCUGGCUGUCGGGUCAGGUGUGGCAGCACUACAGAAUCCCUACAGGCAUGACAUGGUUGCAGUGCUUGGAGAGACAACAGGACACCUAGCAUUGGUAAAUCUCAGAGACAAGAUGAGAAAUGACCCUGAAGGCUACACUAUCCUAAUAGAAAGGCCGAGGAUCCGGCUUUCCACACUCGAUAUGAAGGAGAUGGCCUCACUGCCUGAUGGCUCUUUUGGCAGAGAAUACCUUCGCUUUCUGGAGGACAAUCGCGUGACCCCUGACACAAGGGCAGACGUGAAGUUUGUGGAUGACGAGGAGCUAGCUUACGUCAUGCAAAGAUACAGAGAGGUUCAUGAUUUGCUGCACACCUUACUGGGAAUGCCCACCAACAUGCUGGGUGAAGUGGCGGUGAAAUGGUUUGAAGCUGCUCAGACUGGGCUCCCCAUGUGUGCCCUGGGAGCUGUGUUGGGCCCACUGCGGCUGAACACAAGCCGUUUACAGUUGCUGUUUACAUCCUUGGGCCCGUGGGCUCUGCAGAACGGUCGCCGGGCCCGCUGCGUCCUCAACAUCUUCUACGAGAGACGAUGGGCACAGAGCAUCGAAGACCUCAGACAAGAGCUCAACAUAGAGCCACCUCCUGUCAUAGUCAGUGCUGCCAACAAGAGGAACACCUGAGAAAGACUGUAAAAGAUGAUUCAGGAAUCACCAGACAAAAUUCUCUUCACAGUGGACAAACCAGAAAUGAUUUAAGUGUUAUACUGUGGGGAAGGACGGUAUUAACUACAGAGGAAAUUAGGAAAUUUCACACUUGCCAAACUUUGGUUUGAUGGCUUUUCCCUAAAAUUGUGAAUCAUUGUGAGUGCAGUAAUUUCAGCCGAUGAAAUGUAAGAGUUUUUGGUCCGCUGGACCAGUGGUUUCUCCCCAAAGGGUCACCAGAUCAGUCUGAGAGAUCAUGAGCUGAUCGGAAAAAAAAGACGAAGAAACUAAGUCCUGAUACAUAUUUUUUUGGGACGUUUUUCUUUAUGCGCUUGUGUUGUGAAAUAGUAGAUAAUUUUAUCUCAGUUAUAGUGAGCCAAAAAAGUUGGAGCCACAGCUGUAGACAGCAGGUCUGGUUCAACAGGUCUUGUUGAGUCACUGUCUGUUGGUGAGAGUUGUAUGUUGUAAUGUUUUUUAUUUGUAUCAAUGAGAAAAAUGAAUUAAAAAGAAUGAAUUAUGUCUGUUAUUAAA